AUGCCGCCAUUUCAUAAAUCAACAUCAAGGCUCAUCACCUUCACAAGAAUCACCGCCCGGCCACAGCGCCAAACUCAUCUCAGCUCCAACCCUCACCGUCCCACCACCUCGCGACGCCAAUUUCACCUCUCAGCCAUAGGAGACGCCGUCGUCUUCACCGCAGAUAGCAUCUCAUCUAUUCACAAUGCCGGAGUGCCGUGGUACCUCUCCAUCCCACUUGUUGCGCUCGGAGUAAACUUCUCCUUCCGCCUCCCCAUCCAGUACUACACCCGACGCCUCGUGAUCAAGAGGAACGAACUCAACCCCCUCAUAUCGGCAUGGAGCUCACGGCACGCAGCCGCCGUUCCAAGAGGAAAAGAUGAACAGGCGGAACGACUGUGGAAACUACGCGUCGCAGGAUUGACGGAAAAGUCGCGCAGAAGGAUAUACAAGAUCUGGGGGGUGCAGAGGUGGAAGACGCUUGCGCCGUUUCUGAGCAUGGUGCCGUUUGUGGUUGUUUCCGAGGCACUGAGACGGCUGUGCGGCGCGCCGAUGGGCUGGAUAAGUCACUCGAUUGGGCUGGCGAGCAUGGAUAAGGUGUCGUCUACGUUGUCGGACGCGAGUGGCUUGUUUAACGAGGAGCUUGCGCGGGGAGGGUGUUUGUGGUUUGUGGAUUUGACGGCCAUGGAUCCGUAUUAUGUUCUUCCGUUGCUGUGCUCGGCUUUGUUGGCGCGGACGGCGUGGGGGAGAUUGUCGCGGGAGCAGCUGAGGGUGUUGUUGAGCCUGGACGGGUCCAAGGCGCCAAAGACCCCGAUGGUGAGGAUACAGACGGGGAUUGGGAGGGCGUUGCUCAUGAUUCCGUUGUUUCCAAUGCUGUUUGCGGAUCUUCCGAGCGCUAUUUUCUUGUACUGGGCGACUACGUUUGCGCUCAACGAUGUGAAUGAGUCUAUAUUGGAGAGGGUCGUGCCUAAGCGGGCUCCGAAACUGAAAAUGGUUCAGAGAAUACCCCCUGCGCUGCCGUACCUACGAGGAAGUCACGGAAAUGGUGGGAAGAGUGUGAGAUGA